UCAUGGCUGCGCUUAUAGGAGCAGAAAGUGGGUCUUAGACAAACAAUUCCAACUUCUCCAAACGAUUCCGAAGACAUUUGUGUUUCUUGUGAUCUGAUUUCUAGCUCUGUGCCUGGGAUAGUUCAGUGUUUUUAUUUUCACCGAUGUGAGAGUGGAGAUGUUAAUUACCCAGCAUUGUAUUGCUGUAUUACGUGAAAAUAGUAUAUUGCUUGACUGUAAUCAAGCAAGCUUAUCCUCACAGAGAAGCAGUAUUUUGAAAGCAGAACAGAGGGUUUCUGUCACAACCCUGUGAUCGACACCUUUGCCUUAACCUUUGGCCACUGUCUGUUGCUAAGAUGAGCACCCACCGUUCCUCUCCUUGUGAUCCUGAGCGUCAAGUCCGGAGCACACUGAAGAAGGUCUUUGGGUUUGACUCUUUUAAGACGCCUUUACAGGAGAGUGCGACCAUGGCUGUGGUGAAAGGUGACAAGGAUGUUUUUGUGUGCAUGCCCACAGGGGCAGGAAAAUCCCUCUGCUAUCAGCUCCCUGCUCUGUUGGCCAAAGGCAUCACCAUUGUCAUCUCUCCUCUCAUUGCUUUGAUUCAGGAUCAAGUCGACCACUUGCUGGCCCUGAAGGUCCAAGUGAGUUCCCUGAACUCGAAGCUCUCGGCGCAGGAGAAGAAGGAGCUGCUCUCUGACCUGGAGCAGGAGAAGCCCCGGACCAAACUUCUGUACAUCACGCCAGAGAUGGCGGCCUCCGCCUCUUUCCAGCCCACCCUGAACUCCCUGGCAUCCCGCCACCUGCUCUCCUACCUGGUGGUGGAUGAAGCUCAUUGUGUUUCCCAGUGGGGACAUGACUUCCGCCCUGACUACUUGCGUCUGGGGGCCCUGCGCUCACGCCUGGCACACGCCCCGUGUGUGGCUCUGACCGCCACAGCCACCCCGCAGGUCCGGGAGGAUGUGUUUGCUGCUCUGCACCUGCGGCAGCCGGUUGCUAUCUUCAAGACUCCCUGCUUCCGAGCCAACCUCUUCUAUGACGUACAGUUCAAGGAGCUGCUUUCCAAUCCCUACGGGAACCUGAGGGACUUCUGCCUUAAGGCUCUUGGACAGAAGGCUGAUAAUAAAGAGUUGUCCGGCUGCGGCAUUGUCUACUGCAGGACCAGAGAGACUUGUGAACAGCUGGCGAUAGAGCUCAGUUACAGGGGCUUGAACGCCAAGGCCUACCAUGCAGGGCUGAAGCCUUCUGAACGAACACUGGUGCAGAACGAGUGGAUGGAGGAGAAGGUCCCCGUCAUUGUUGCAACCAUCAGUUUUGGAAUGGGUGUGGACAAAGCCAACGUCAGGUUUGUUGCCCACUGGAACAUUGCCAAGUCUAUGGCUGGGUACUACCAAGAGUCCGGCAGAGCGGGCAGGGACGGGAAGCCUUCCUGGUGCCGUCUUUAUUACUCCAGGAAUGACCGGGACCAAGUCAGCUUCCUGAUCAGGAAGGAGGUAGCAAAACUCCAGGAAAAGAGGGGGAACAAAGCGUCUGAUAAAGCUGCUGUCUUGGCCUUUGAUGCUUUGGUGUCCUUCUGUGAAGAACUGGGGUGCCGCCAUGCCGCCAUUGCCAAGUACUUCAGGGAUGUGCCCCCCGCCUGCACCAAGGGCUGCGACCACUGCCAGAACCCUGCAGCUGUGCGGAGGCAGCUGGACACCUUGGAGCACAGCAGCAGCUGGAGCAAGACCUGCAUCGGGCCCUCCCAGGGCAAUAGCUUCGACCCUGAGCUGUAUGAGGGAGGCCGCAGGGGCUACAGGGGCUUCAGCAGGUAUGACGAAGGUUCUGGAGGCAGCGGGGACGAGGGCAGAGAUGAGACCCACAAACGGGAAUGGAACCUCUUCUACCAGAAGCAGAUGAGUCUGCGCAAGGGCAAAGACCCGAAAAUAGAAAAAUUUGUACCCCCAGAUGAGGACUGUCCCCUGAAAGAGGCUUCUAGCAGGAAGAUCCCCAGACUCACUGUGAAGGCCCGUGAGCACUGCCUGCGGCUUCUGGAGGAGGCUCUGAGCAGUAACUGCCAGGCCGCAGGUACCACUGACAGACCUGACCUCCAGGCCAAGGCUGUGGAGCUGGAACAUGAGAUGUUCCGAACUGCCAAGGCAGCCAACCUGUACAAGGUGGCUGAGAUUCACAGAGCCUCCAAGGACGGGCAGCUCUACCACAUGGCAGGCGGUGCCAAGAGCUUCAGUACCCAGGCUGAGUCCCGAGAGCACACCGAGCACGACAUCCUGCCAGCCUCCCAGGUGUACUCGUUCAAACCCAAGCGGAUGGGAGCUGGUUUCCCCAAGGGCUCCAGCACAUUCCAGACGGCCACAGAGCUGAUGGAGAAAAUACAGGCCAAGGAGCAAGUCCUCCAGCCUGUGCAGAAAAGCGAGCAGGAGCUCCCCAGCCAGCCAUGUGGCCUCCGGGAUGAGGAAAGCUGUGAGACCAUCCCUGGGCCCAGAGGAGAGACCCUUGGAAGUGCUCACUGUGGGGGCCCCUCCCCUGAGAAGAAGGCAACAGGCCCCUCGAGGGGCAGUCCCACUGCCAAGGCCCGGGCCAACAAGAGGCAGCAGCUCCUUGCUGCCGCGGCCUGCAGGGAUUCUCAGAAUAUCGCUCGCUUCUUCCGCCAAAGGGCCGAGAGCCCACCUCCACUUGCUUCAGCCCCAGGGGCUGAAGGUGCCAGCCCUUCCGGUGAUGGGCUACAGGGACCCCCGGCUGUAGCCCCAGAGAAGUGCCCAAGGGAGAAUGAUGGAGCCCCGGGACAGGUGGCUCUCCUGCCCCAGGCUAAGUCGUGCGCCAGGGAGGGGCCCAGUGUCUGUCCACUCAGAGACCCAGGGCCCCCUAAAGCCCGGCUCAUCCCCACAGAGGAGACACCGAGGGGCAAGCGGCCCAGACCCCAGCAGGAGAACUCAGAGAGCCAGGCUCCGAAGAGGCCUCGCCCCUCUGUUGAUGCCUCCGUUUUAGCUGAGGCCAAGGACAACAUCUUGGCCGGUGAUCAGGGCACCAUGAACCACACAGCCCAAGGCUCCUGCCAGUUCCCAGCUCCUGGCAUCUCCCUGAAGGUGGCUGCGAACAUUGUGGUCCAGUGCCUGACCCCUUUCUACAAAGAGGGCAGGUUUGCAUCCAAGGACCUGUUUAAAGCCUUCGCCCGUCACCUCUCACACUUGCUAGCUCAGAAGCCCUCUCCUGGCAGGAGCGUGAAGGAAGAGGCCCAGAACCUCAUCAAGCAGUUUUUCCAUGGCCGGGCCCGGUGCGAGAGCGAAGCUGACUGGCACAGCCUGUGUGACCCACAGAAAUGACCAACUGCUGCCCAGCGGGGCCAGUGUCCUCCCCAGACUCUACCAUUGGCCAGCCUGGGCCUGACUCAGGAACAGGGAAGGUGGACGCCAGGGGCAUCUCUUUUCUCAGGGUCCGUCCCUCUCCCCACCAUUGCCUUGCUGUGGAGAUGGCCCCAGACACCUCCCAAAUCAAGGUCAGAGGCCAGAAGUCAGCCUGUCUUUCUGUCUUCUUGCAAGGCCCAAGGCCCUCUUUCUUCCAGC